AUGUGGGUGGGUUGCAGACGUCAGUCAGAUCGGCUGAUGCUUUUUCAGAUGCCGAUGUUGUGGAUGUAGUUGAUCUUGUGGUUCUGGUGUUGUGUUGAGACUGAACUGGGAGACCUAAACGUAUUAUAAUGCGGUUCAAAUUUUGCGGAGACCGCGACUGUCCAGACUGGCUACUCGCUGAAAUUGCAUCGAUGUCCAAGAUGAGUUCCGUGAAGAUCAAACUUCUCGGUGUGCAAAUAGUCAGCUCCCUCCUCGGAACGGGCAUGGAUCACGACAAAAUUAACAAGCUGACAGCAGACUCUAAAUUCACUCACGACGACCUCAAAGGCAUCAUUGUAGCCCUGGAAUACAUCUUUCGAAACGCGACAAGAUUCGCUGUCGAUGAAGAGUCACUCGUGAACGAGCUGCAACAAUUAGGGCUUCCCAAAGAGCACUCGACUUCGUUAUCUAAAGUGUACGCCGACAAAUCGCCGGACAUUUUGGAAGUAUUGAAGAAGAAGAGCUUGCGAUUGUCCUGUCUAGAGGGUAACCCAAGUUGGAGGGUAGACUACGUGCUCGAAUCUAGCGUAGCCGGAGAAGUCAAUGCACCCUCCAUCCAGAUGAAUUUACGAGUCAAAGAAGAGGACGUUGUGACACCUGUCCACUUUACUCUUCCGACUGAGAAGUGUGGCGUGCUGUUGCAUGAGUUGAAGGCAGCUCAUAAGUUGAUGAAGGAAUUGGAACAAACGUGAGACUGGUAGCAACACUGAGUGAAGUUAGUUACUGUCUAUAAGAAUGACUGUGUCAGCAUUCCACUGUGCAUGUUUUAUACUGAGCGCGGGGGAAAACAUUGUUGUGCGUCUUCACAAAGGUGUGCCUCGUUGCCAUGGCUGCACACAUAAAGAUAGUGCUAUUAAACAUGUAGUUCUGUGUGGCCUUGAAGCAGUAGGAUCCUUCUAGAUUGCCAGAAUUCAAGAAUCCCCUUCACUGACACACAAAACGUCAUGUGCGAGGACAUAGAGGACUGUGCUCAGUGACAUAGCUGCACGGUCAUGCAAUGGUCAGGGGCAAUAACCCGUCUGAUAAAGUACAGCUCUCGUCAAUCUUAAUAAUAACACUGGAAAAAAUAUCUCGUUUCCAAACGCGAUUGCAGCAAACCUUGGGGCCAUAAGGGAAUCUUAAUUGAACAAAAUUAUUGUGUUAGUUUAACGCAAGGAUUUUGUUCACUUAAUAUUCCCCCAGUGCCCUCAGGGUGGCUCGCGUUCAGAAGUGAGACCAAAUUUUUUUCCAGUGUUAUUAUUAAGGUUGACGGGAGCUGUACAAGGGGAUUGUGCCCUCCUAACAGUAUGACUAGCUGUCACAGGCUGACAUCACAACUGUUCCUUUCUCUUUUACAUUCUAAAAUUAAUUCAAGGUAAUCAUUAGUGACUGUACAACAACCUUUUCCUGGUGUUGUUUAUUGCCACUUCACUUUGUUUAAAUACAAGGGUCGUUCAAGGUUGA